AUGGCCGACAAAGUGAUUCUCUUGGGCACCUGGUUUAGCCCCUCUGUGAUGAGGGUGAAAAUUGCCUUGGCUGAGAAAGAGAUAGAAUAUGAAUCCAGGGAAGAGGACCUGAGCAACAAGAGCCUACUACUCCUGAAGAUGAACCCUGUUAACAAGCAAAUCCCAGUGUUGAUCCAUAAUGGUAAACCGAUGUGCGAGUCGCUCAUCAUUAUUCAGUACAUGGAUGAAGUCUGGAACCACAAAUCUCCAUUGUUGCCUUCUGAUCCUUACCAGAGAGCUCAUGCCAGGUUCUGGGGUGAUUAUAUUGACAAGAAGGUACAUAGGCUUGGAAAGCUGCUAUGUACAUACACUGGUGAAGCCCUAGAAGUCGCAAAGAAUGAUCUCUUAGGCUGCUUUAAGCUCUUGGAACGAGAGCUUGGAGACAAGCCUUAUUAUGGGGGUGAGACCUUUGGCUUUGUGGAUGUGGCACUGAUCCCAUUCCACACAUUUUUCUAUUCGUUUGAGCAGUUUGGCAACUUCAGCAUGGUGACAGAGUGCCCUAAACUUGUUGCUUGGGCUCAUAGGUGCAUGGGAAAGGAGUGUGUGUCAAACACUCUUGUUGACCAACACAAGGUCUAUGACUUCAUGUUGGAGCGCAAAAAGAAGCUCGAGGCUCAGUAAAUCUCUAGAAGACUAUUUGAUCGGACUGUUGUGGCAUACUCUUCCACAGUUCCUUUUUUUUCUCUUUGGGGAUCCUCUUUUUUAUUUUUCUCUUUUUUAGUAAAUCUCUAGAAGACUAUUUGAUCGGACUGUUGUGGCAUACUCUUCCACAGUUCCUUUUUUUUUCUCUUUGGGGAUCCUCUUUUUUAUUUUUCUCUUUUUUUCUUUUUACCUUUCAAUCUCUAGAUGUUGUGUUUGCUCAAGGGGGGUGUUCUCUUCAUGUUAUACUCAAUAAAGAAGAGAUUUUUUUUUUGUUUUUAAUUGAGAAAAGCGUGAUUUGAUUGAUA